AUGAAGCUGAUCUCAGAGCAGAGCAGACACACCGACAGAAAGAUCCUCAAACCGCAAGUGGAGAAGCGGCGCAGAGAGAGGAUGAACCGAAGCCUGGACAACCUGAAGACCCUGCUGAUGCUGCAGGAGCAGAGUCAGCGUAGAGUGGAGAAAGCUGAGAUCCUGGAGCAGACUGUGGCCUUCCUGCACAACCACCACAAACGCUCCUUCCACGACGGCUUCUCCUCCUGCCUGCAGAUGGCGACUCGCUUCCUGGGACCUGACAGGAAGGAUGUGGAUUCAUCCAUGGUGGCUCGACUCUCACAGCCAGACUCUUCCAAGGAUCAUAAAAGUGGCGCGUUUGUCUUCGGCUCCCGCCAGAAACAUCCGGACACAAGGGCUGCAGCGUCACACGAAGCCAGCCGGAACGACAAAUGUCCCCUCGUCAUGAGAGAGUACCUCAAAGGCUUCGGAGGUGUGAACAUCCGUUCGGCGGUGUGA